AUGCGGGAAGAGCAGCUCUUCUGCUCCUGGGGGGACGAGAGUGGGGUCCCUGUCCCCCGCCCACAGCUGCCCCCAGGGGAGCUCAGCCAGCGACUGGAGAGGGGCUUGAGCGCGGGCGGGCCGAGCGAGGAGGCGGAGCGGGCGCAGCGCGCGGCCGAGCAACCCGGUCCCACCGUCUUCAGCCGGAUCCUGGACGGCUCCAUCCCGGCGCACGUGCUCUACGAGGACGACCAGUGCCUGGCUUUUCGGGACGCAGCGCCGCAGGCUCCGGUGCACUUCCUGGUGAUCCCGCGACGGCCCUUGACGCGCCUUAGCCGGGUCUCCGAGAGCGACGCUCAGGUGAGAAGGCACCUGCUGGUGGUGGCCAGUCAGACGGCCAAGGCGGAGGGCCUGUCCGAGGGCUACGGGUGGGUGAUCAUCAACGAGGGCCGCCAAGGGGCGCAGUCCGUCUACCAUCUCCACCUCCAUGUGCUGGGCGGGCGCCAGAUGGGCUGGCCCCCGGCUGAACCAACCUGCGCUGUAUAGGGGCUGCUCUCAAUAAAAGGCCUGCGCUGGGCGGGCAGCAGGGACCCUUGGCUCUG